AUGGAACUGACCGAAAUUACGCAUGCAUUCGCGAAUUGGAGGGAUCUCCCUCAAGUUGUAAUCUUUCUCUUCUUGAACUUCAUCUUGAUUGUAUCUUCGGCAUCAAUUCCAACCCAGUGUAAAGUACCAACAGACUUAAAAGUCCGCUACGACAGCUUGUCCAAAGCAGACGUUGACAAUCGAUUUUUUCUGCCAGCUGAAAUGGCCCCAGCCGAAAGUAACCGGACAACACUGACCGAUGGUGAUAAAAAGUGCCCAGCAUCGCCUGCAUCUAUUGGUAAAAUCCGCGAACGUUCCACUUGUCCUUGGUACCUGAACAUUAUUAAUGAUUCAACAGUUUUCCCUCCAUCACGCAGUGAAGCGGUAUGUCGCUGUAGAAACUGUUUAGAAUCUAACAGCACCAAGCAGCAAUGUUCGACUGUAUACACUAAAAUGACUGUCCUGAAACGUACAGGUGAAUGUGUUGAUGGACUGUAUGUUUAUGAGCCACAUGUGAUUGAUGUAGCCACAGCCUGUGUGUGUGCACGGAAGGUCGAUGGCAUUGUAGGUAAAAAUGGUGAAGACUAUGAGUCCUAAAAAUCGACCAACUGCUAAAUUGUUCAAUGCGUGUUACGCAAAAGUUAUUCAUAGUAUCAUGGAACAACAAGUU